AUGCUUUGCUUUCAUUUCUGGGAGUACAGGGGUCGACCUACAGAUGCUGCUUCUUCCGUGGCUGAUGGCAUUCAGACCCCCAGCUGCCCACGGUGCCAGGCAAAUAACUGGACAGGUGAGCUCAGUCACGGGUCACUGGCCGCAGUCUCGGCCAGAGCAGCAGCCCCCCAGCCACAGACCACCUCUGCCUCCCCAUCCAGGAGCCUUCCCACCUCCCUCAGGUUUGCUGCAGUCCCGCCACAGGGGCUGAAGACCUCGGAGGUGGUGGCAGCAGUGGCAGUGGUGCCUACAGCCUUGGGAACAGUCCAGGCACGUGGGACCCUGCUUCAGGCAACACUGCGGCCCCUCCAGGACCAGAGAGGGACCCAAGACAGCCCCGGAGGAGCUCACCACUGCCUCUUCCUGUCGCUGAAACCUGGGCAAGGACUCAGAAUGGAAGCCGCCACUCCUGAGCCGAACUCGCAGGCCAGACUGUUGGAAGUACAGGACGGAAUGAGCAGAACGCAAGACAGCCAGGAGUCCAAGCAGCAGCUGCAGCCACUUCCCAAGCCUUCGGCCUCCUCCCAGCGAGAAGCAAAAUAUGUGGAGAUGUGUGCUUCAGCUGGAAUCCAGAGGGAGAGUCCCCGGACAGUGAAACUUACACUGGAACACCGCUCCGGGGAUCAGAAAGUCGCUAAGAGCCCAAAGGAGAAAGCCCAGGAUGAGCUCAGUAGUCCGGAGUGCAAAACUCCAACCCCCCAGAAGAACCAUGCUUCCUCCAAACGCUCCAGAUCCCAACUCUCCUGCACUGAUGAGGGUGGCAACUCCUCCUCCUCCUCCCCUGUGGACAAAGCAGAAGACAAUGGCCUUUCCAAAAUGGAUGAAUCUGCCACAUCAUCCGGGGCUCUGGCCACCUCCUCUUCAUCGUUAGGCUUUGAGAGUGAGAGUGAAGUGAGUUGCCACCCCAAGGGAGGGGAAGGAGGGAAAAAAGCAGCAGGAGGAGAAGGGCAGGAAGGGGGAGGGAGGACAGGAGAUGGAGCAGAGUGCAGGGACAUUAUUGCCAAAUCCCAGAGUAACAGGGACCCCCCCAAAAAUGAGGAGGCUCACUACAUCACCACCCAUGAGAUCCAGCUGAGUGAGGUGGAGCAGGACAUGGAUUUCGAUGUGGGGCUGGCCUCCCGCUGGGAUUUCGAGGACAACAACGUGAUCUACUCGUUCGUGGACUAUGCUUCCUUUGGUGGCAGCGACGAGACCCCAGGGGACGUCACCACCCCCACCGAAGAGGACGACGACAACAGCUGCUACCUCAGCACCACUCCCAGCACCAAUGCCACCCGAACACCCAGCCCCACCAGCAGCGACCUGGUUCGCCCUAGCGCAGGCAGCAGUGAUCGGGACACCAGCAGCACGGAAGUGGGCAGUGGCCCCUCCGACAGUGACCCUAUUCCCCCACCCACUGGGCCUGGCACUGCCACUCUGCCUGAGCCCUUGCUGGAGCUCCGGGAGGCAGCUUCAGGGGCAGCCUACACCACCGCCAGCAGCUGUGGGAGUGCAGCAAGCCAGAUCCUCCUAUCAAUCAAACCAACUUCCCGGGCUAUAAAUGAGCCUAGCAACGUGCGUGCAAAGCAAAACAUUAUUUAUGCUGCCAAGCAUGAAGGCGACAUGAGCCUCCGCGUCUCUACAGCUGCUGAACACAAUUCAAGUUCACUGAAGCAAAACUCGGCUGCAGCCGUGGCUCAGGACCAUGCAAAGAAAUUCAUUGCUGUCCCUGCUCGCCUGCAAACCAGGUGCGGGGCCAUCCGGGCAAAGGAGCUGGUGGACUACUCCAGCGGAGCCUCCAGUGCCGUAAGCGAACUGGACGAUGCAGACAAAGAGGUGCGUAACCUGACCUCCCGGGCCUUCCGGAGCCUUGCUUACCCCUACUUUGAGGCUCUGAACAUCAGCUCCCGUGAAUCCUCCACCACACUCUCCGAAGUGGGCUUUGGACGCUGGUCAACCUUCCUGGAUCUAAAAUGUGGAGGUGUUGGAGCCAGGGUGGAACAGAGUCUUCUCAGGAGCAGCGCGGCCUCUGUGGCUGCAGGUCUGAGGAAGGCCAGUGGGGCCCGGGGUACUGCAGACCAGCUUUACAUCCAGUCCAAGAAGUCCCAGACCAAGGCCUUGGAAUUUGUGGUCAGCAAAGUCGAGGGGGAAAUCAAACAUGUGGAGACACCCUUGUGUUUCCAGAAACAGGUCCAGACGGGCUCCCGAGUCGUCACCCUUCUGGAGCCCCUGAACUUACGUAGUGAGAGCAAAGCCAGCUCGGCCACUGCACCCUGUAAAGCUACCAAGGGCUCCAGCAAGGGUCCUGGGUCUGUGUAUACGGAUGAUGGCUCAGAGACCUCUGAAAGCAGCAAGCCUGGCACCCGCGGUGAUGGCCCCCACAAAAAGUCCAAGUUUGCAUCCAGUUUGCUCAAAAAUGUCAUUUCCAAGAAGAUGCAGCGGGAGCACGAGUUUAAAAUGGAGAGGGGAGAAGUCACUGAUACAUCUCAUCACAACCUCCCUGGCACCUCCAAGGAGGCAGAGGGGUCUUCUGGGGCUGAGAAGCUGAGAGAGAGGGGCUUGCAGCGACAGAAUUCCCGCCACUCCGAAGCGGGUUCCGAGUACACCGUGGUCAGCGUGUCCGACGCAGGCGGGGAGGGGUCUAAAUCCCCAAUUUUCAAAGCCAGUACUCCUCGAGAAGGCAACGCAGGUUCUAGUCGGAAUUUCACCGAUGGACAAACGGAAGUGUGUGAAAUUAAAAAGAGUGCCUCAGAGACUGUAAAAGGCAUCUUUCUCCGCAGUCAGAACAGUGCUUUUCGGUCAUGGAAGGAGAAAGAGGCCGAGAAGCGGGAAGAGAAAGCCCCCAUUGGCAAGCUGAAGCUCCCCAAAGGCGGGGACUGGAGGGCUGAUCUUGGGGAGAUCUCUGCCAGCAAGUCCACCAUCAUGUCUCGCCUCUUUGUCCCCAACAUCCAGCAGACGCCCAAGGACAAGCAACCUGGGAAGCAGGCCACCAAGUACCCUGCUGCCCAGGCCACAACCACCGCAGUGAUCAGGCCUAAGGCUCCCGAAAUCAAGAUCCGGCUGGGGAGUGUGCAACAGCCAAGUUCAGACUUCAAUAUUGCCAAAUUGCUCACGCCCAAGCUGGCUGGUGGCAGCGCUUCUAACCUCUUCAAGACCAUUGAGGACAACAGCAGGGCACAGCAGAAACUCUUCCGUGGGGACAAUCUGGAAAAAGUGCCCCAGUUCCAGGUGAGAGAUGUCAGAGACAAGUCCAAGGCUCAAGGGCCCCUCCACCAGGUGAGAGAUGUCAGGAAACUAAUCAAAGGGUCAGGGGAUAGCAGUGACAAAGGCAGUGUUACUCCAGAGCAGGGACUGACAGGGUCCAAGCCCAGGCAGCUGGCUGCUGCAGCUGGUGGAUCCAGAUCCCUGUCUCCCAUGGUGAUUACAUGCCAGGCUGUAGUGAACCAGAGGGAAGACAGCAUGGACCGAGGAGAGCCCAGGGAAGGCUUGGGCAAAGGGAACGGCAGCAGGAUUUUGAACUCCUCCUCCCCAGAAGGGACAGUCUUGGUUCACAGAGCAUCUGGCAGGCUGCCUGUAGCCACCAUUGCCCCCAAUAAACCUGAGCAGGGCUCAUACCUGCCUGUGCUCAAGAUUGUCUCUAAGGCUGCUCAGAAGACCCCAGAGAAACCCAAGGAGGAGGACAUUAAGGAGGAAGGUAAAACCCCAAAGCCAGCCCGGAAUGCCCUGGAGAAGCUGACUGCUGCAGUGAGAUCCAUGGAAGAACUGUACAGCUUCAACAGGAAUGAGUGGAAACGUAAAAGCGAUCCCUUGCCCAUGAUGACAGACAGCCAUGUCCUGUCACUCAUUGCUAGUGAGGAGAGGGAAGGGUUAGUGGGUCCUGAGGGGGACCCUGACAAGAUGGCCAAACGACUAGGUGAGGUGGAAGAACGGGGCACAGGAAACAAAAGUGGUGUGGUCCUCCGAGGGGCUCCCAUGGAACGACUGCAGCGGAGAAACUCCAACCCCAGCACCGAGAGUGUGUCUGCCCGUGCAGCAGCCUUUGAAAACAUGGCCAGGGAAAGGCCCCGAUCCCUCUACAUCCCCCCAGUCCACAAGGAUGUGGAAAGAACCCAACCUCUGCAGCCCCUCCCACCACUCCCCAGCAGCCGGAACGUGUUCACAGUGAGUGCCAGCAGCACUCAGAAAACUGGGGGCAUCGCUGGCAAGUUCCCCCAAGGACCUCCUCCAGAGAGCUCUUCAGUGGCCAAGGGCAUCAAAUCACAGGGACUCCGGUCCCUCAAGAUCUCUCCAGCCACCCAGGCACCACCCAGUGAGGUGACCAACAGGAAAAGCGGCAUCAAUUUGGAGAAGAGCAAUAGUGACUGUGAGAAUUACCUGACUAUCCCCCUUAAGGGAAACUCUGCUGCAGGAGAGCUGCCUAGUAGGCCUGGUGCUGCACGAGAGGGUGCCCCCAUCUCCUCAGCUGCCACCCUCUGCAGCUUACCCCCACUGAGUGCCCGCAGUCAGGUCUCCAGUAGCCCCAAGGGCUCUCAGGUCAGUGGAACCAGCCGGCCAGCUUGGCGUACCAAACCUGACAACCCCCGGGAGACAGCAGCUGCCCGCUCAGGGCCCCAGAGCCCUGAGCAUACCCCUACUGCCAUCUACCACCAGCAGCCACUGCCUUUCACCCUACAGGGUGCCCAGCCUCAGGUCCUCUGCUUCUCACCACCAGGCAUGCCUGCCCCAGCUCCUGCAGGCCCAGCUGCUGUUUCCGCAGACCCCUUCCAGCAGUCACAGCCUCAGCAGACUCAGCGCAAGAUGCUCCUGGAUGUGACCACCGGCCAGUACUACCUGGUGGACACACCAGUACAGCCCAUGACUCGGAGACUAUUUGACCCUGAGACAGGGCAGUAUGUGGAUGUGCCCAUGACCUCCCAGCAGCAGGCUGUGACUCCUAUGUCCCUCCCUGUGCCUCCCUUGGCCCUGAGUCCUGGAGCCUAUGGACCCACCUAUAUGAUCUACCCUGGGUUUCUGCCCACAAUGCUGCCCACCAAUGCCCUGCAGCCCACACCAAUUGCUCACACUCCAGGGGGUGGCGAGCUCUCAAUGACCACAGAGCCCCCCAGCAAAGAGGCAGCUGCAACUUUCACUGAGGCCCCAUACUUCAUGGCCUCUGGUCAGUCUCCUGCCACCUCUUCCUCCUCAGCCCCAGCAGCCACAUCCCAGCUUGUGGGAGCCAAGGGCUUCGCCCAGCUACAUGGCAAACCUGUCAUCAGUAUCACUUCGCAGCCCCUGGGACCUCGGAUCAUCGCUCCCCCUUCCUUUGACGGCACCACCAUGAGCUUUGUGGUAGAACACAGAUGACGAGAAGUCACCAGAAAGCAGAAUGGAGCAGCUGCUGGAGCAAGACAGAAAUACAGUCUAUCUGAAAGUUGAAAUCUAAUAGCACUACGAAUCCAGCUGAAAAAUUUCCUCCACAUGCAUAAUUCUUAAUUUUUGCUUCUUAUAAACCAAGUGUGUAAGUUUUCAUAUUUUCCUGAACAAUUCUCUUAAGGCAGUUUUGUUAUUUCAAUUUUACUAAGAUGAUUGAAUGGUUGAAUUUUUUUCCCCUAUAAAACUAUUUCUUUUUAUACUUUAAUACAAGAUAUAAGCUUUCUGUUCUCCUUCUUUCCUCUUGCACCUGUGAGUAGGCAAACAAUCCCUUAAGUGUUUGCAUGCUUCAAUCAAAACCCACAACAGAAUGGGACUGCUUCUGUUAUAAACCGAGUGAGCAAAUCACUAAUUUGGAUCACAAAUCACCUUAUAGGUUCUUGGACUAUAUCAAAUGUAGCUGAUAAAGUUGUAGCACAUAUUUAGGUUUAAAAUACGAUGGGCCUGCUCUUGGAAUCAUAUAUCAGCCAAACCUAGUUAUUCUCUUGGUUGUGCUCUGUGUUCUUUUAAUGGGUUUGGAAUGAUUUCAAGUGUAAUUGUGGAAAACAAUGGUUUUAACUUUUGUGCUUUGUUUUAAUUUUUUUUCCCCACUGUACAAUGCCAUGACACUAUUUGUUGUCUUAAAAUAGAAUGGCUUGAAAUAGUGGAAAAUCAGUGACUGCAUUUAAAAUUAAGUUCUUUGUCUCAGAAAGGUAUAAAAUAUCUAUUUCCCUUUCAAAAUCCAACCUUUGUUAUGAGCGCAUAGCAUUUUUUUUUUCUUGUGAUUCCUUCCAUGGUUGUACACUCCACUCCUGUCUAUCCCAGACUGGAGUCUGAAGAGUGAACUGUCUGAGGUAGUCCAACAGAAUGUGAACUCUACUUCAGAGGCUCUGCUUCACUCCAGCCCGGCCAUCCCAAAAGCAGUAACCUCGAAUUACAGUGCUUGCCUGUUAUGAGGCAGGUUUUAAGAGAUGGUAAAAAUCCAAAUCACUGGAUCUUUCACUGACAUCUGAUACUGCCUCAGUUGUAACCCAGUUCUGAAGGCUAUUUGAGUGAGUGUUCACAGUGAGUCUGAAGGGUUGAUUGAACAAAUACUUAUUUAACUUGUCAUAAUUAAAAAGGUGUCAACAUAUACUCAACAGGUGUUACAUUGAAAUAUUUCUUAAUUCCUUCCUAAAGGAAUAUCCCUUUAAAAUCUGAACAUUCUCCAGACUUUCUUUAAGGAGUCUUCUUUUAUUUACUUAUUUGUUUAAGGCCAAGGCAUUUUGGUAAUUUUUAAGGAGCAUUAUUUUGAUAUUAAUGUUUGUCAAUAUUUGGUUUCUGCUUAAAAUUGCUCUUGAAGUCACAGAAUUUUAUGCAAUUCAUGUGACUGGAUUUUAUAUGAAUAAUCUUGUAAUUAUGCCUCCAUCCAGACUUUUUGAAAAAGCAAAAAUGAAGGCACUUUCAGGGGAUUCCUUAAAGGUACCUCACUCAAAAAAAGAAAAAAUUCUUGUGUGUAAAGAGAAAGAUUCAAGACAGGAAAUCUCACCACAAUUCAAUUACUCAUUGGGCCAAUGAGCUGUGAAAUGAAGCUUUCAUCUCCACGAGACAUGAAAUAUGAAGCAUAGUCUCUGUAUGGAAAAGAAGUCCUUGUACCAUACUUGGGAAAACACUUCUCCUUUAUUAUAGAGGUCUUCUUACCCAGGUACAUGAGUAGAGUCACUCCACAACUGAAUUUUUCACCACUGGGGAAAAAAAUCUUAAAGCAUCAGUGCUUCCUCAUUUUUGAGAGAGAUUGAUUGGAAAUAAGGUCACUUUCUAUUGAAACAAGAAAGUAGCAUUAGUGUCAAAGAUUUCAGACUAUGAACACUCAAAGCAGCACCAUGAAAUCUCAAGUUUUUGACCUUGAGUAGUGAAACUUACAUAGGGUUUGGGUGUACAGUAUGUAUAAUAUCCAAACAGGUGACUUUCAAGAAAGCCCAGUGACCACACUGAGCAGUCGCUGAUUGCUAGCUCCUCAAAAUGGAAGACAGAUCUUCCUGAGAGAAUGUGGUAAAGCUGAGGGUUGAGCUGCCCAUAAACUAUUCACCAAUAUUUAUCACCAAUAGAUCUGAGCCUUAAAUUCUCAGAUAAACUAACAUAGAAACUGGGAAAGAACUUUUCAUUUGUUGGCUCUGAGAGGCUGAGUCCACUGGGAAGUUGCCAAAGAGGUAGUGAAUAGCCAAGUGGUUAAAAAUGUAACUUGGAAGUAAUGUUCUGAGUUCCAUAUGGGCUAGUGAUAAUGUCAUCGUACCAAACAAACCUGUAGACCAUUUACACCCCUAAGUGAUAGGGAAAGAACUUUUUCACGGGUAUGAUGGAAAUUUCCAUCCUCAUUUUCAUCAUUUAAUCAUUUCUUGAGGUUGCAUGGACAUUUGAAUGGAAGUGGUUACACCCUUCCUUUUUCAACAAAAGGGGAAUAAAACAAAAGUCUACAAAACCCUCUAGCACACAAAAUCAUUACCCCAACAAUGUCUUAUAACCACUGAAACCCGAUUUAUAUUUUAUGUACAUAAAACCAUUAAUAAAGCAUUUCCUAAAGAGAAUCUUGAGUUUGAAUCUAAUAAGUCUGGCUUUUGUGAUUUCCACUCAGGAUUACAUAUGUGGUUCAAUUUUCUAGAAAAAUCAUAGGUUACUGUGUGUACAAAUCCUGACCCAUUUCUUCUUUUUUCUCUAUUGGUAAAGGGCCAUGUUGAAAAAUAGGCCCAUUUGGAUAGUUUCUGGAAAAAUUGAACACAUUUGUAAUCCAUGUGAAAAUUAUAUUCUCCAGAAUGUAUUUUUCUGAAAACACUCACUGAAAUUGCCCAGAUAUACAGAUAAAGACUCAGCAUAUAGAUUGUAUGUUUAUCACUGAGUAAAUCAGCUAAAACAAUUACACUUUGAAAACUUUAUAAAAAUAAUUCUCAAAUAUUAACAUGCAUUUCAAAUUUAUCCUCAUAUCAUUAGGAAAUAUCUAGUGAUAGAAAUUCCCUUUUUCUUAAUUUCAGAUUUGACUUUAUCAUCCUUGCUUCUUCACAAGAUUUAAUGCAUUUUGAUUGUCUUCAUCCUUCAUAGAAAUGAAAGUCUGUGUUUGCUACAAAUUGAAUGCUCACGCUACCUGAAAUAAUAUUUUGGAUUACAGACUGCAGGACAGUAUUGAUUCCUAAGUAGGCUGACCCUAACCUCAUAAUAAGUCUGUGUAAGUGCAUGGAAAACACAGUCAAUAAUAGUCUUUGUACAAAACAAUCAUACUAUAUAUUUCCUAUGUGGUGCUUGAGGAGUUUCAUUCUAUAGUUUACAAGGUGUAAGUUUGCACCCCAAAUUCUCAGGGUAUGUUAUUUUACCCAAAUACUUGAAAGAAAAAGGUGCCCUGUAUUUUAUCAGUACUGUUGAGGGGGAAAAUUAUGUGUAAGUUUGUUUGAGAAAAUUGCUUAUAAAAAAUCAAACCCAUAACUAUGUUAGGCUUUUACAUUAUUUCUAAGGAGAUAUAUACAUAGAUAAGAUAUAUAUUUUCAAGAGACUGCUUAUAUAUUCUUUAACUUCUGGGUCCCAAGUAGACCUCACAGGUGCAUAAAAUUGUUAAUGAAGCAUGUAGCAUUUGCUACAUGGUGUCUUGAGCUUGAAUCUAAUCAGAAUUGCAGACUUUCAUCCUCUGGAAAGAGACCAUGUCCAUCUGUGACAUGUAUGAGGACAAGGCCAAGGGGAGGAUUCUGAAAAUUGGACUCCUUUGUAUGCCCCGCGUCUCAGAAGGAAACUGAAUGUUCACAGCAUCAUUUAUCAGCUGUUAGCAUUCAGUAUUUCAUGUUGCAGCUAGAGUACAUCAUUAGAUUUAUUCCUGUUUAAUUCAUAAUGGUGCAGAAUCACACACACAGACACAUGCACACACGCACACACAAACACACAUCUAGUUUGAUUUUUUUUAAAGUUUCUGAAUUACUUGUUACAGGCUAGCAUUAAUGGCAUAAAGUCCUUUCCAGGGCUUCCUGAAUUACCUGCCAUACUUGUAUGCAUUUUCUAAUGCACCCCCACCCCCACCUUUGAAGAUGUGCAUUUCUGUAUUUACAUAUAAAUUAUAUUAUUGUAUAGUAAAGACAGUGGUGGCUGAAAGGAACGUGAAGACUGUGGAAGAUGUGUAUGAAUAAGGGAGAGUACAUUGUGUGAUAUGUAAGGAAGGACGUUGGAGAAGACUGAAUUAUACUGCUGACUGAAUAAACCUGGUGGCAUAUGGAAAGAAUGUGAAAUUUUAAACUGCAAUCAACAGAGAAAUCUUGGUGGAAAAGUUCCUACCUGAGGUUUGAUGUUAUUCAAUGACAGAAUGCAGUGAGCUUGACUAAAGGGGCUUUGAAACCAACUCUACAGCUCUGAGAAUUAUCUUUUCAGUGUAUUGCAUAUGGAGAAAAUGACUUAGACAAGGAUCUUGUGAGACUAGCCUACUUGCCUUUAAUUGCUAGCAUUUGUAAACGAUUGUGCAAUCUUGUGUAUUGGUUUUUUAUUUUGACUGUUUUGAAAAAAAAAUGUUUUGUUGUUUCUUUUUU